AUGAAUUUUGAAACUUCACGGUGUGCCACCCUACAGUACUGCCCUGACCCUUACAUCCAGCGUUUCGUAGAAACCCCAGCUCAUUUCUCUUGGAAAGAAAGUUAUUACCGAUCUGCCAUGUCCCAGAGCUCACAGCCAAGUGAAUUCCUCAGUCCUGAGGUUUUCCAGCAUAUCUGGGAUUUUCUGGAACAGCCUAUAUGUUCAGUUCAGCCCAUUGACUUGAACUUUGUGGAUGAACCAUCAGAAAAUGGCGCAACAAACAAGAUUGAGAUUAGCAUGGACUGUAUCCGCAUGCAGGACUCAGACCUCGGUGACCCCAUGUGGCCACAGUACACGAACCUGGGGCUCCUGAACAGCAUGGACCAGCAGAUCCAGAACGGCUCCUCGUCCACCAGCCCCUACAACACAGACCACGCACAGAACAGUGUCACUGCGCCCUCGCCCUACGCGCAGCCGAGCUCCACCUUCGAUGCCCUCUCGCCGUCACCUGCCAUCCCCUCCAACACCGACUACCCCGGCCCGCACAGCUUCGAUGUGUCCUUCCAGCAGUCCAGCACUGCCAAGUCGGCCACCUGGACGUAUUCCACUGAACUGAAGAAACUGUACUGCCAGAUUGCAAAGACUUGCCCCAUUCAGAUCAAGGUGAUGACCCCACCUCCACAGGGCGCUGUCAUCCGUGCCAUGCCUGUCUACAAGAAAGCUGAACAUGUCACCGAGGUGGUGAAACGGUGCCCCAACCAUGAGCUGAGCCGUGAAUUCAACGAAGGACAGAUUGCCCCUCCUAGUCAUUUGAUUCGUGUGGAAGGGAACAGUCAUGCCCAAUAUGUAGAAGAUCCCAUCACAGGAAGACAGAGUGUGCUGGUACCUUAUGAGCCACCUCAGGUCGGCACCGAAUUCACGACAGUCUUGUACAAUUUUAUGUGUAACAGCAGUUGUGUUGGAGGGAUGAACCGCCGACCAAUUUUAAUCAUUGUUACUCUGGAAACCAGAGAUGGGCAAGUCCUGGGCCGGCGUUGCUUUGAGGCCCGGAUCUGUGCUUGCCCAGGAAGAGACAGGAAAGCGGAUGAAGACAGCAUCAGAAAGCAGCAAGUGUCGGACAGCACAAAGAACGGUGAUGGUACGAAGCGCCCCUUUCGUCAGAACACCCAUGGCAUCCAGAUGACAUCCAUCAAGAAGCGAAGAUCCCCAGAUGAUGAGCUGUUAUACUUACCAGUGAGGGGCCGGGAGACUUACGAAAUGCUACUGAAGAUCAAAGAGUCCCUGGAGCUCAUGCAAUACCUUCCUCAGCACACGAUUGAAACCUACAGGCAGCAGCAGCAGCAGCAGCACCAGCACUUACUUCAGAAACAGACCUCGAUGCAGUCUCAGUCUUCAUACGGUAACAGCUCCCCACCUCUGAACAAAAUGAACAGCAUGAACAAGCUGCCUUCUGUGAGCCAGCUUAUCAACCCUCAGCAGCGCAACGCCCUCACUCCCACCACCAUUCCUGAUGGCAUGGGAGCCAACAUUCCUAUGAUGGGCACCCACAUGCCAAUGGCUGGAGACAUGAAUGGACUCAGCCCUACCCAAGCCCUCCCUCCCCCACUCUCCAUGCCAUCCACCUCCCACUGCACCCCCCCACCUCCGUAUCCCACAGAUUGCAGCAUUGUCAGUUUCUUAGCAAGGUUGGGCUGUUCAUCAUGUCUGGACUAUUUCACGACCCAGGGGCUGACCACCAUCUAUCAGAUUGAGCAUUACUCCAUGGAUGAUUUGGCAAGUCUGAAGAUCCCUGAGCAAUUCCGACACGCCAUCUGGAAGGGCAUCCUGGACCACCGGCAGCUGCAUGACUUUUCCUCACCUCCCCAUCUCCUGCGGACCCCCAGUGGUGCCUCUACGGUCAGUGUGGGCUCCAGUGAGACCCGAGGCGAGCGCGUUAUUGAUGCUGUACGCUUCACCCUCCGCCAGACCAUCUCCUUCCCACCCCGUGAUGAGUGGAAUGACUUCAACUUCGACAUGGAUGCCCGACGCAACAAGCAGCAGCGCAUCAAGGAGGAAGGGGAAUGAGUUCCGUUUCAUGGGCUCUUCCUGAGCUCUGUCUACCCUCUACAGGGCUCUUCUCCUAGGUCACCAAAGCGUUCUCCCUAGCUCCUCCUCUCCCUCAUCUCAGUCUGGUUUCUUAAGGGAAAGAG